AUGUUAGCAAGGAUACUGGCACAGGAUGCGCUCAAGCGCUCCGUGCUUAGGGCCCGCCCGCGCGCGUCCUACCAACCCUUCAGACGGUCUGUCAAGACCUCCAGUGUCGAUUGGAAACCCAUCAAGAGUUCGAAGACCCCUAACGAUGAGAAGCACAAAAAACCUUUUACCAGGAUGAUAUUCCUGAGUUUGAUGAUUGCAAUGCCCGUCGUCGCAUUCUACCUUGGAUCUUGGCAGCUGCGUCGCUUGAAAUGGAAGACCAAUUUGAUUGCAUUGUGCGAGGACAGACUAACUUUCCCUGCCACCCCUCUGCCAAAGAACUUCCCCCCAGAAGAGGCAGAAAACUGGGAGUACCGCAAGGUCAAAGUCAAGGGCGAGUUCAAGCAUGACCAGGAGCUUUUCGUGGGCCCUCGUGUCAGAAACGGAGUCAAGGGAUAUCUGCUGUUCACCCCAUUUGUGCGGAAAGACACGGGUGAAAAGCUUCUCAUUGAAAGAGGCUGGAUCAGCGAGGAGAAGGUUGUUCCAACUAGUCGACGUCUCGAGCACCUGUCCGUCCCGGAGGGUGACAACGUCGAAAUCGAAUGUCUGGUCAGGGUUCCAAGAAGUAAAGGCACUUUCCAAUGGGACAAGACCGAUCAAGAUAGCAGACUUUGGCAGAUUGUUGAUAUUCCGGAGAUGUGUGCCGUGAGUGGGGCGUCGCCUCUUCACUUGCAGGCGAUCUACGACUUGAAAGAUCACAACUGGUCUCUGUCAGAGGCUUCUCCCUCAACAGCCAAGGGCUCCUGGUGGAAAUUCUGGCAAAAGCCACAAAGCUCUUUGGAACCUGUGCUUGAUACGAAGACUAAUUUGGCAGAGGAUCCAGAGAUGGCCGAGUUUAACGAAUUCCAAUUUGUGAAAUCUGGUGUUCCUAUAGGAAAAGUUCCCAAAAUAGACCUCAAAAACAAUCAUCUGCAGUAUUUGGUAACUUGGUAUGGCCUUUCAUUCCUCAGCACGAUAUUUUUGAUUGUCGCUCUAAGGCGCAACCGGGGCGGCGCUGUGUCGCAAGCCCAAUUGAAACGGGAUAAGCUAAAACACGCUAAGAAAUACAUGUGA